CUUUAUGGUCAAUUUUCGUACUACGUUAAGUUUAAGCAGGCCAUAACUGCUUAUAUUCACACUCUCUUCGAUACAUUUAAUAACCACGGAAGAAAACAGGGAUUUAUUUCUGCACGAUAAUCUUGACGUUAAUCUCCCAUUAUAAAUAAUAUUCAUUGCAUUUCAACCGUUCACAAUGGGCUUUCUUCCGUGGAACCAUAAAAUGGCAAAUAAAAUUUUAUCGAGACGGUAUCAAUCUGAACAGGAGUCGUUUAAUUGUAUUUAUCCCAAGUGUGCGUGAAUUUUCAAUUUGUUUACAUUUUAGCGUGCUAAUAUGGAUUAUUUAGUAUUAUGUUGAUAAGAUUGUUCGAGUGUACUUCUUCCGAUCGCGAAGUCAGUCGCUCACGGAGUUUCUACUACAUCGUUGUUUGUUCCGAUAAGAAAUUGAAACUUUACUGACUCACCCGACAUAAUAUUUUUAUGUAUUCAGUUCUAAUCCCCACUGUGAUGUCAUUUUGAUAACUCACUAAUGGCUUCGAAUCCACUACCCCCACACAUCGGACGGCUUGCUAUUCGUUUGCAGCCUCCAAGUGCACCAUGAUGCCAGCCAAAUCCACCCCCAAUAUUCACAACAGGGAAUCCGUGAAACAGAACCAAGCUCUAUAUUCCUUUCUGCAGAAUCAUCAAACGUUGAAUUACGGUGCUGGAGAAUCAACAGCUGCGACUCCGAGAGAUGAGUCGCCACCACCAGCGCCACCUGUUCGAGACUCCUCAACCCUCAAAUCGAUCAAAUACGGUCCUGGUCACGAGAAGUUUCCGAGUUGGCCAGUGCCGGCCGCGGCGGAAACUCCACAGGCCCUCAGAAAUCCACCAGGCGGUGGCUCUCAUCGUUCGAAAUCAUGGACAGACCACACCAACUAUCCGAAGGAGAAGGUUGUCACAUACAGCAGGCCAUACAUGAAGAAACAGCACUCCACCUACACCCAACAACAGAAACUGAAAACUGUGAUGGAAAAAUGCGAGAAGAUCCCUCCUGAGACCUACGAAUCUCGUUACGACAAAGUUAACGAACGCAUAUACUUACCCCAAGUGGACCACGACGGUAAACCGCUUGGAGACAUGAAUUACGCUGUGCCAUCACCUCCAGAACGAGACAUCGCCAUGAAAUCUCAACUAACCCAAGAAGAUCUUGAACACUAUACCAGAAUAUACAACCAAGAACCCAUACAGUUCAACCUCAACGAGGAGAGACGUAAUUCUCUCCAACACCAGCAUCUCACCCAGUCCGGACUGGAACAGUUCAUGGAGUACAAUAAGAAUUACGAGGACUCUCUGUUCAAUUCCAUGAGUUCCAAGAGCGACGAAAGCAUCUUGACGCACCUGCACCAGAAACAGUUAUCGUAUGCGCAGUCCGAAGGGUACCAUAGUUACGUUUCCAGCACCGAUUCUACGGCCACCCCUUUCUUGGAUAGGUUGAGGAAAGAUAGUCAUGCCGUGGUGCGCAGUUCGUCUUGGGACGAGGCUGAACAAGACCAGAACUUGAGACAUGAGGGUAGAGACAGUGUUGUGACAACAAGUUCUGGUAGUGCUUCCUCAAGCGAAACUCUAAAAUGGCUCGGUUCCAUCAGUGACGUUUCGGUAGCCAGUAGUUCUUGCACCCAUCUUGCCAAUUCUUCUAUAUCUAGUUCACGUCAGUUGAUCGCGCAUAGUGCCAGGGUUCAGAUCCCGCAAAGACACCAUUCGGAAAGUGUGCUUUAUAUCAGUUCCGAAGCCUCCCAGGACGUUUGGAAGGAAAGGGAAACCAGAAAUAAUAAUACAAACAAACUCAAACUUUUCGCUCUGAAUACAUACACUGUUCAAGAAAAAGAAGUCAACACAUCCUCGAGUUCUAAUAGAUCUUCACUACAGUCCAUGCCUUCUAUCGCAGACAGGAUCAGCGAACUUGAAAAGCAACAAAAAUAUUCUUACCUCGAUCCGGACAAGAAACACAAGAUACCAGAUCCAACCCUGAAAGCAAUCCAGAAGAAAGCUCUGCUCUCUUUCUAUGAGCGCCAUCACACCAAUAACACCAAAAACAACUGGCGUUCCGAACCCCAACUGGCCCAGUCCCAACCAUCUUUCGCCGUUCCGCAACCUCCGCCACGAAUCAAGGUCCAAAUACCAUCGAGAAGAGCUUCAUCGGCCUCGGAUUAUGCCUCUGGAACAAAUUCUAAAAGGAGCAGUUUAGCUUCCAGGGAAUCUAAGAUGACGGAGGCGAUGUCGAAGAUUUCUGCGAAGCACCAACAUAGUAAUUCUUGCGGUAGUCUGUCCGCAGACCUACUCGGUCCAAUCAUUGUUGGUCCAUCGAUAUCCCUGGAUGAUUGGGUACCGAAAGGACCUCCAGAAAGGCCUCCCAAAAAUCCGCAACUCAGAAACGCUUUUCCCGAGUUGUUUCACGAUCACAGAAUGGCUAGUCCGGAUUUACCACCUCCCUCACCUCCUACCGUGUUAGAAGAUGAAGUAUUCAAUUGUGAUGACCCUUUACCGCCGCCUCCACCGGAAUGUGAUCAAGAUUUCAACGAGCAGUGUAAGUCACAGGGUCAGUUCGCUUCGCCUCAAGUGAGGAAAGCGGAAUCUCCGAUAAGACAAACCGUAGGAUUGCCGGAGAAUAAUAACAGCUUCAUGAGCGUUGGUUGUCGUUCCAUCAAAACCAGACCGACAGAACAGAUAUUCCACCAGGUGAGCAGCAAGCCGUACAACGUGAUGGUUUCUGACAAAACGAAGAAUGAUAACUCCUCGACGUACUUCAGCCAGAAGAGUUACGCAGAGAGAUCUGAUACCAAGUACCCGACCACUCAAAAAUUGGUUCUGAACGGGAUGGGCAACAUAGCGAUCAGUCAGGACGUGAACACAUCGAAACAGUUCCCCACGCCGUUGAGGCCCAAGAUGAUACAAGAGAAGAGGUCCUCAACGGAUCUGCAGAGGAGAUCCUCGUUGGCCGAUCCCGGUGACAAUCCUCCUCCGUUGCAGCCUAGGCAGAUGAGGAUCAACCAGAGCAUGAGAGUUAGUAGUUCUCACGAUAGAAAUUAUCCUCUUAGGUCCUCUCCACCAAAAGAUGUCAGAGAUGUUAGAUCUUCAGUAAGAAGCCAAUCUAAAGCUUCCGUUCUGGCAUCUAGACGAGACAGGGAUCGUGUAGUCCCGGAUUCCGACACAGGAAGCUACAAACGUACGAUGUCUCCGAAUGGUCACGCCAUUCCCGCUGAAGUUCUGGCCGAGUCGCCGAAAAUCAACGCUAGGGAGACGAUCUGGCCGAAUAAGAACAAGAAGGACCAGCAGAAGAAUAACAAUAACAACACCAGCAUAUUCCGGCGGGUGUCCAUGAAUGAAAAACCAAAUAAAUCGAAAAGUUUCAAAUGUGAUGAAAACGAAGACUUGAAAAAGGCCAAUCUGGUGUUACCGGAUGUGCUUCCAGUCAACGCCUUGACCAAUAGAUCUCAUUACGGUAGAACGUCCUUUCCAUUCUCGGCUGUGGACGAUGGUGACGCUUCGAGAAAAUCACCGUGCAAGAGCCCACCGUCUUCGCCUUCGAAGAGCCCAUCUAGGGGCUCGCCGUUUGCGCCAUUGAAAACAACGAACCUUUCUAGUGCAACAACUUUCAGUGAUAGAAUCUCGCCUCCUAAUUUAACCGGUACGCGCGUCUGUUCGAGUGUAAGAAAUCCGACUUCUAUGAAUACUCCAUUGAGGGUCAACACGUAUUGUUCUGUGGAAACCUCAUCUCCAAUGACUAACGAUACUCCAAAACCAGAAUCUCCUAAGUUGAGUCCUUUAUCAACGAAAACAACAGCGCAGAGCCCAACGUUGAAGUCUUCGCAUUCCCCUCCUCUUCUUUCGCCUCAAAUAAAACAGCAGUUAUCACCAAGUUCCCCAAUUAAAUUAUCACCCUUAAGAAUUACACCAGCUUCUUCGGGGAGCGGUAGUCCUUUACAGACACCUUCCCUAAAUACCAACACUAAUUCAACGCCUACUUCACCUCCUGCUUCGCCGAAAAAAACGGAUGGAUGUCCGCCAGUGAUAGAAGGUCUUCAGAUGAUCCAGAGGACUGAGGUGGUUCUGAGAGUGAACACAACAACUUCAGAUGCGUCGUCGCAAACGGAGAAGGAAGAAUUGCCCCCAACGCCCUUGCCCUCUCGCAGGAAACUCCAGGAAGAAAUUGAAUGUGAUUUGUUAUCUGAAGACAUCAUUAGUCAUCUGUCUAACUCGGAUAAGCUGAAAGAUAUUUUAGUUCCUGGACCUGCACAUAAAAAAUUGAGUGAUUAUGUACAAGGACUCUUCAAGCCAGAAGUCACUUCGAAACCAAGACCUGCCAAUUCCCCAUUCAGAAGUCGUUCAAAUACACCAAAUGAUGCUCCAUCUCCAACCACAUUGUCCAAUGGUAGUUCCACAGUCAAAACCAGUGUUCCAUCAUCAACAAGCAGUAUGGAAAUAAACAACUCUCUAACAAGCAACUCAGCAUAUUACACAACCUCCGAACCAAAAGCUAGGUUCCUUACAACCUUUAGUCAGGAUAUGAGUCAGUGUCAAUUAUCAAAAAGUACCAAAGAUCUCGAUCAAAAAAAGGAGGAACUAGUGAACAGACUUGGAAAAAAACUAGACGUCUUGAGGAGUGAGCAGGUAGUGGUGGAUGAAGAAUUCAAAAUGAACGAAGAAUUGGGUGGAAAUGUUGAGUCGCAUAUUAGUAGGGUGGCUAGACCUCAGGAAGCUGCCAAAUUUCGAUUGCACGUCGAGGAAAUUGGAAAAAUCACUAGUCUACUUCUGGGUAUUUCUGGGAGAUUGGCCAGGGCGGAAAAUGCCCUCUCAGGAAUGCCUGAAGAUCACCAAGAAAGGAGAACGUUAGAAGCAAAGCGGGACAAGCUCCUUUCACAACUAGAAGAGGCGAAAAGUUUGAAGGAGUGCAUAGAUCGACGCAGCGUCAAUGUUUCAAACAUCUUAACCAAGUAUCUGGACUCUGAUGGUUACGCUGAUUACGAUCACUUCAUCAACAUGAAAGCAAAACUAAUAAUGGAUUCGAAGGAGAUAGCUGACAAAAUAAAAUUAGGAGAGGAGCAACUUCUGGCUCUCAGAGAAUCACUUGCAAAUUGAGACUGAUCGUGUGCACCUGUGAGAUAUACAACAAUUUCAAUUUUCUGAUUGAAUAGAAUUAUUUAUUGGUACAAAUCAUUUGAUCGAGAAGUGAAAUGUGUAUAUCAGUUAAGAGUAAUGCUUCUUAGGCCAAAUUGUAAUUACUAAUAUUUUCAUUCGAGUUUUAUCGAAUGUGGCUAGUCGAGUGACGUUUUACUUAUUUUUUAAUCGCGAAAUAAUAGCUCUUUUUUAUAAUUACAUUUAAUUCUGAAUCCUAAGUAAUUGUACUUAUUUCUUGCUGUGAAGAUUGGAGACAUGGAUCCACCGCGUUCGUUGUGAUCUCCAACUUUUUACAUGCUGCUGUAGGUUGAACCUCGCGUUUUGUAUGAGCUUUCGUGGUAAGUUAUGAUUGCAAUCAUGACUGUGUCUCUUACCCGUUUUUUUAAACGAUUAAGAUGACUCUGCCAGAGCAGAAUAGGCUGUUAUAUUUUGCAUUUUAUCGAAUUGAUUUAUAAUCAUUUUGUAAAUGAUAAUACAGUUUUUAUGUUUGAGGUGGAUGAAGAAUUAUUUGCAGCCGCUUCGUAGUGUAGAGAAGAAUUAUUCAUCGAUUGCAAUUCCUUGUGAUAUAAAAUAAAUUUUUCUAGUUAGUUCUAAAACUUGCUGCGAAUAUGAAGGAAAUCCUCAUUCAUGAAAUUUCUGUACAUCUUCCUACCAAGUAUUUAUAAUAUAGUGUAUAGUUCAGAAUAUUUUUAGAAUAUCACAUAUUCUUGUUUACUCGAAAUAUUAAUGUAAUAUAUAUAAAUAUAUUUGUAUUUUAAAUAUUUUGAAUAUUAUGGUGCUCUGGAAAUUUAUCUAAGUUAUGCAUUGUGCAUUGUGAUCAGAUUUUAAAGUUAGAAAACCAGUCCAUGUUUUUCAUAGUAUUUAUAUUCAUCCAUCACAAAUUACGAUGGAAUAUUUUUGAGCUGUAUGCAUCGCUUGAAAUAAAUAAAAUUGAAAGCAAUUA